GAAGUGCUCAGCUCCAGUGCGUGCGCGAUCCUCGGUCCUUCCUGGGUUCUGAUUUUGCAUUUCUAAUGAAGCUGAACUGACAAAGCGUGAAAGUGGUCUAAAAGGAAAAACAAAGAAAACAACCCUGUUCUCACUGUGCUGAGGCUCAUCAAUAUUCCAGCAGCUCGGCUUUCCCCUCUCCCUGAUGUCCUUAAUUUUUUUCAGAGCUGGGCUGACAGUCUCCUCCCCUUUCCUUAAGUUGCAGUGAUAGUAAGUUGCUGCAUUCCCCAGCCCAUGCGGAUUGUCAGUUUUCUGCCUCCCACUCGCUGAACUGUGCAGCUCUGCUGUAUUUGCUGGGAAAUUCCAACCUGGUCUGCCAAAAGUGCGUGGAACCCCACAGGUCUGGAAAGGCUUCUCCAGCACUUCUUACAGAAAAGGGUCCCCCAUUUUUUCUGAAAGGAUUUUGAUAAAAUUAACUAUAAGAGAAUACUUUUUGCAAGAUAAAUGACUAAAGGUAACGGAGAAGAUCCCAAAACUGGAAGUAGGAUGGAACGCUUUCAACAAGGAGUCCGGAAACGUACACUUUUGGCAAAAAAAAAGGUGCAGAGCAUAACAAAGGAUGAUGUUAAAAGUUACUUAUUGAGGAAUGCCUUUGUGCUCUUCACCGUUGUUGCUGUGAUUCUUGGUGUAAUCCUUGGAUUUUCUCUCCGAUCGUACAAGAUGAGCUAUCGGGAAGUCAAGUACUUUUCAUUUCCAGGAGAACUUCUCAUGAGAAUGCUGCAAAUGCUGGUCCUGCCACUAAUUGUAUCCAGUUUAGUUACAGGAAUUGCUGCCCUGGACAGUAAAGCAUCAGGAAAGAUGGGAGUCCGAGCAGUAGUCUACUACAUGAGUACUACGAUCAUUGCCGUAUUGAUUGGUAUAAUCAUUGUGGUCAUCAUCCACCCUGGGAAAGGUACAAAAGAAAACAUGCACAGAGAAGGCAAAAUUGUGCAAGUGACAGCAGCAGAUGCCUUUCUUGAUUUAAUCAGAAAUAUGUUCCCUCCAAAUUUGGUGGAAGCUUGCUUUAAACAGUUCAAAACUAACUAUGAAAAGAGAAUGUUUAAAGUAGAUAUCCCGUCCAAUGUCACAUCCACAGUGGCUACCAUAAUAAGUAAUGUAUCAGCAGCAAUGGAAACCCUCACACAAAUGAAAGAGGAAAUGGUUCCUGUUCCAGGUUCUGUAAAUGGAGUGAAUGCCCUUGGCUUGGUGGUUUUCUCAAUAAGCUUUGGUCUGGUGAUUGGAAGCAUGAAGGAGCAAGGUCAGGCAUUAAAAGACUUCUUUGAUAGCCUUAAUGAGGCUAUCAUGAGACUGGUAGCUCUAAUCAUGUGGUAUGCUCCACUUGGAAUCCUCUUCUUGAUUGCUGGUAAAAUUGUUGAAAUGGAAGAUAUGGGUGUGAUUGGUGGUCAGCUUGCCAUGUAUACCGUAACAGUUAUAAUCGGUUUGCUUAUUCAUGCUGUCAUUGUCCUGCCUCUUCUGUACUUCCUAAUCACUCGUAAGAACCCUUGGGUAUUUAUUGGAGGCCUAAUACAGGCACUAGUCACAGCUUUGGGAACAUCUUCCAGUUCUGCAACACUGCCUGUUACAUUUAAGUGUCUAGAAGAAAUAAAUGGAGUGGACAAACGAGUUACAAGAUUUGUACUGCCAGUUGGUGCUACAAUUAAUAUGGAUGGAACUGCCUUAUAUGAGGCUUUGGCUGCAAUUUUCAUUGCACAGGUUAACAACUUUGAUCUGAACUUUGGGCAGAUUAUCACAAUCAGCAUCACAGCUACAGCUGCCAGUAUUGGGGCUGCAGGUAUUCCUCAAGCCGGACUGGUCACCAUGGUCAUUGUGCUUACAUCAGUAGGUUUGCCUACAGAUGAUAUCACUCUUAUCAUUGCAGUGGACUGGUUCUUGGAUCGUCUCCGUACCACUACCAAUGUCUUGGGUGACUCCAUUGGAGCAGGAAUUGUUGAACACUUAUCACGGCAUGAGCUGAAGAACAGGGAUGCCGAGAUGGGGAAUUCUGUGAUAGAGGAGAAUGAAAUGAAGAAACCAUACCAGCUGAUCUCACAAGAAAAUGAGAGUGAGAAACCACUAGACAGUGAAACCAAGAUGUAGGGUAAAGAAGGCAUGAGUCCAACACUACAGAUGUGGAAAACACACAUUUUUUCCAGCCUUUUAUAUCUUGAAUUCACCACAUUCACUUAUCUCAUGACUUUUCCCUUUAUGCUAGCACUGAAAAGAAUUAAUGGAAAUAUAUUCCAAACUAGCAGUGAUCAAGUGGCUUCCCACUUAAAAAAAAAAAUUAACAGACAACAACACUGGUCCUGCUAGGCAUGUGCUAAGUGAGAAUUAAAAAAGAGAGAUCAUCAAUUAAAUUAAAAGGAAAAAAACCCAGCAUAUAUGUUACUCAGUCCUGUAAAUGUGAUUUUUUUUUAAAUGAACUGGAAAGUAAAAACAGAUAACAGAGCUUGAAAAUGUUUUUAUUUUUUUAAAUACCCGUUGGAAAAUUUUAACAUCUGUAAGCACACAAUCAAUACUUCCAACUUCAUAACUGCAUUCAGCUGAGUAAAUUAACAAGAUUAUUUUCAUUUGAUGUUCUUUUUUUUUUCUAGCAUUACAACCUUGUUCAAUUACUAGCAAGACAAUAAAAGGACAUUAAUUGAAAGAAUAAAAAAGGAGGUGUAUAGAUACAGAAAUAAUUCCCACAAUCAGCACUUUGUCAGCUAAGCUGAAAUACUUCUGAGAAAGUGUUUUUAUCUAGACACUAUUUUUGCAUUAUCCUCAGCUGAUUUUGACAAACACUCAGCCUAGUCAGUUCCCAUGGAUUUGCAGACAUUUAUGUAUGUAUAUAUAUGUACCUUCACUCUGGAUUUGCUCUUUAAUUUCAACUCCACCACCCAGUUGAACAAUCAAUGUCUGUAAAUGUUUGUAGGGGCAAGGCCCUAGGCUGUACUGACUCUGGGACUGGAAAUGCAUCUUCUUCUACUUUUGGGGAUAUAAAAAAAUAUGCUUUAGGUGCACCAAUUAAUCUACUUAAUAAGCAAUAAUACAAAUAGGAGGCAGUGCCAGCCCUCUGCAAAAAGUGCAGAAGGGUGAGUUGUUCAGAUCCUAACAGGACUGGAUUCUAAAUCUGAAUCCUUAGGGCUAACAAGAGAACUUCUGAUUGUAGAGUUCUGAAACCCUUGAUCCUUCCACUGAUAAGUAUUAAAGCCAUUAGCCAGAUUUAUGUUUUUCUACCUGGAGAAGAAGGCUCCCUAUUUCAAUGCAAAAUUUCAAAAUCCUUAUGCAUUUAUGAGCAGCAUCCCAAAAAUAAAAAAUAACCCUUUAGAAAGUAAAACUAAUGGGUGCUUUUUUACUUUUUACUAGGAAAAAUCUAUAAAAUACAAAAUAGUAAAUACUAUAAUAAAUAUUAAAAAAUUAGAAGGGAUUUUAAAGCGCAAUAUUGUAGGCUUCUUUCAGGGAAUCAAUAGGGAAAGAAUGAAAAAAAGAGACAAUGCACUUGUAAUCCUGUUGCUUCUUUUGUUCAUUCCAACAUUAUUCCCCAAUGAAGCCCCUUCUUAGAAAUAUAAAUUAUAUAUGUUUUCCUUUUAACUUGUAUUAUUGUAGAGGUUAAACUGGAAAGUUUUAUAAUGCAGCUCAGAGGAAUGAAAAAAAAAAUUAAUCAGAAGGCAGAAUAAUAUUGAGUAAUUGUUUUCAUUUUAAUGUUCAUUUUUCUUCUUUCUUCCUUACCAAAUAAAAUAAAAUCUGAUCAUAGAAAUGAAGGAUUCCCUUGUAAUGUCUGAGGUGCCACACAAAAAAUAUUCAGUAUGCUGCUUUUGUCAUUAAGAGAACAUAAAUGCAGUGUAUUUCACUGUAGUGAAAAUGUGAACAUCCUGAUUGAAGGUAAAUUUUUUCCCAUGUUUAGAGCAAGAAGGCAAGACUGUUUUGUUUAGGACUGAAAACUCCUGCCCAUCUUCUCCAGUUGAUUAGUCCAGACAAUAGGAGCAAGAACUCUUCAGUGAUUGAAGUGAGCAGGGUUUAACUCAGAGCAUUGAGUGGUCAAACCUAGAAAGCUCUUAAAUUAAUCUCUCACUGAAAGAAAGCAAGUGUGACUUUUAUGUUUUUGCUAACAGAAUGCAAAUAUAGGAUACAGAUAGACAUUUUUCUGAUACAUGUAAUUAGAGAUAUUUUUAUAUAGAUAUUGUAUUCAAAAUGUGUGUAUAAAUUUUAACUGUAGAAUGUACAGCAUAACGAUUUAAUUUUUGUUAAGAUUAUGGUUGGAAAUACAUUGCAAAGACUUAAUGUAAAUGGCUGACUUUCUAUGACAUCAGCUGAGAAAAACGAAUUGUUUCACAAAGUACGUGAUCUUUUUUUAUACUAACUUUGUUUCUUAUGGAAAUCAGGUAUUACAGAAAGAUUCCCUUGCUCAGCCCUCAUUGGUUCCGCAUUGGUAUGCAUACAGAGUGGAUUGAGAAGCAUUACUUUGUAGAUGUAUUUUCAAUAAAAAUAGUUUUACAUUA